AUGCCUCUUAUCGAAUCUGAUGCGACUGGCUCCCCCACGGACCAGCUGCAAAGACUGCCUUUCCCUCCGGUCACUUACUCGCAUAUCCUACAUUGUUCCUACGACUAUUGGCAACCAAAAUAUCGUGCGCUUACUCCGAAAUCUCGAAUAAUUCCCCUAACAUCGUCCUUCGUUUCAUACCUCCACGCCGAUGGAAUCGUCCUACCACCGGAGAAUACCCCGCCGACCAACGAUGACGAUGACUUCUCAGACGAUCCCGACGCGGAGGAAGAAGCUGACCCCUCAAAAGACUGGCCGGAAGUUCACGCGCAGAUCAAAUCCGCAAUUGCCGAACUCGACGGCAAAGUCACGCCCAAGUUAAAUUGGAGCGCACCCAAAGACGCCACUUGGAUGGCCGCAACGAACGACCUCCAAUGCCGCACGCCCAACGACAUUUACCUCUUGCUCAAAAGCAGCGAUUUCAUCACGCACGACCUUGAACACCCAUUUGAUGAUUGUGUUCCGGAUACCUCGUACUCGCCUGCCCCCAUCUCUACCCCGCCUGAGGUAAAAUAUAAUCUUGUCCUCCGCAAAUACGUCAACUUCAACCCCUCUCUAGAAUUCCGGUGUUUCGUGCGCAAUAGAAUUCUACUAUGUAUCUGCCAGCGCGACCAGAACCACUUCGAUUUCCUCUUCGAGCUGCGCGAUACGCUUCGCUCUCGUAUCCAGUCCUUCUUCGAUGAGAAGCUCAAGGACUCCUUCCCAGACUCGAGCUUUGUCUUUGACGUCUACAUUCCAGCACCGCAUCAGCGUGUCUGGCUUAUCGACAUCAAUCCUUGGGCUGAACGUACAGAUCCGCUUUUGUUUAGCUGGCUGGAGAUCUUACGCAUGAAAGACCCGAUCGGAAUUCAAGAAGAGGAUGACAGCGCGGAGGAACAAUUUGUUCGACUCUCUCUAAACGGGCAUAGCAACGGUGACCAGAAACCUGAGUCUGAGUCUGAAUCUGAGGAAGAAGUCGAGAAGGCAGAAGACGACGCCCCGUUGCUCCCUGAAUUCCGACUGGUCAAGCGCGAUGACCCAGAGGCAUACUCAUUCACGACGCCCCAGUACUCUGCGCAUAAACUACCUAAGGAAGUUGUUGACGCCUCAAUGACUGGGCCCGGGGGGAUGAGCGAGUUUCUAGGCCAGUGGCAGGACAUUCUUAGUCGGCAGGGGCAGGAGUCGGAUACGGAGAGUGACAACUAG